UUGAUAAUUUAAUUUUUUUUUAAACUCCUGCGUGUUGCAGAGUUGCAGCCCUUUCUAGUUUCUAAUACUGCUGCAACUGCAAGCAAGUAGCCUCUAAGUUGAAGGAAGAAUAAACAUGCCGGAGCGCAGCAGACCGACCCAUCGAUUAUAACGAGUGCAAAAGUUGAAUAAAUGGAUACACAAUAAGUCUCGUAUAUUAAAAGUGUGAGAUGCGGAUUCGAAACGUACCAGUGCUCAGGCUUUUUCUUGGGUUUGAUAAACGGAAACAGAGACGCAUCACAGUUUUGAUAGGGGCUUUUUUGUUCCUUGUCUCAUUACAUUUUAUUUUAAAGUGGGAUGCAAGUAAUCAUGAAAGCAACUUUGCAAAUUUGGACAUUGACAUUCCUGAGAACUUUGUGCCAGUGCGAGUGACUGAAAGGGAACCACUACCGGUGAGUGGCUCUAGUAAAAUACCAAAGAUAAUUCACCAGACAUGGAAGGAUGUUGAUGUUCCCAUCCAGUUUUCUGACUGGAUUAAAUCUUGGCUGUCUCUUCAUCCAGACUGGGAGUACUGGCUAUGGACUGACUCUGAUGCGGAGCAGCUCAUUGCUGAGAAGUAUCCAUCCUUCUUGGAGAUAUUCAAAGGUUACACACAACCAAUUAGAAAAGCUGAUGCCCUUCGCUACUUUGUUUUGUAUGAGUAUGGAGGACUUUAUGUUGAUAUGGACAUGGAAGCGCUAACACCAAUCGACCCAUUGACUCAGAAGUAUUCUUGUUUCAUUGGACAGGAACCAUACGAGCAUCCUAUUUUGGAUACUAAUUUUGAAAAGCUGUUAAUUAAUGCUUUGAUUGGUUGCCGGAAGGGUCAUCCCUUCAUGAAAAUGUUGAUUGACUCAUUACCAGCCUAUUCCAUCAUGUGGAAUUAUUUAGACAGUACAGGUCCUCAUUUUGUGACCUCAGUGUUCCGACAAUAUGAAGCCAAUGUCCCAAUGCUUGAAGACGAUGAUGGCUUUGUUUAUGUCACUCCGUCAGAAUACUUUUAUCCAUUUAUUGAUCCUGACAAAUUGAAGUACAUGUUUUCUCUUUGCAGUGAUCACCAAAAACUAACAACUUUGCAGUUGAAGGCUUGUAGAAACUUGAAAUUUAAAUACCUACCUGAAAACUCGAUUGAUUUGAAAGAGAUAGCAUUUACUAAUCAUCACUGGUACCAUACUUACUUAAGAAAAAUGUUUUCUACAGCUGACAGAUAUGUGUCCAUAUAUUUAUUAAUUCCAAGGGUGAAAACUUACAACUUGCACAAACCUUGAUUGUAGUAGUAAUUAUAGAGUUCACACUCUC